AUGUUGCGUAUUGGCGUUAGAAGCCUCAGUACUAGCUGUGCCAGGUUUGCCGCACCAGCUCGAGGUAAGGCCCAAGGAUUUGCCAAGAAAGUUGUAACCGGGAAAACAACUGCUAAGAAGGUAAGCGCAGGGUCGCUUUACAAACCAUGGCAGCAAACCGUAGCGACCGCAAACUUCAACAAAAACGCCAUUCCUGCGGAAACUGAGGUUUUCAAACCAUUAGAUAUAUCGAAGAAUCUCGAUCAGGUCGUCGCUUUUUCCAAUGCUCAGUACAAGAGUCUCUAUACCAAUGGCUCGUUCAAACAGAAUCAAUUCAACGAACUUUUCCCGUGUCCUGUUAGCCUCAUCAGGCGUAGCACAACCAUGGGUCUUUUUGAUCUGUUGAAAAACUCGCCAGGCACCGCGAAAUACGUUCUAACGGGGGAACCAGGUGUGGGUAAAAGUACCCUAUUAGCGCAAGUUCAUGCUCUUGCAUGCGAUUCCAAAGCUUUGACCAUCAACAUAUCACAUCCAGAGCUGUUUCUAAAUGGUACAAACGAUUUCUUCCAUGAUGGUUCUUCUUACGUGCAACCCAUGUAUCUCAAGCGUCUGCUUACAAAAAUACUGAAAGCUAACGAUCGCAGCCUGUUAUCAUCGGUCUCUCUAAAAAACAGUUACAAAUUCGCUAACGCAGACCCCAAAGACGCUGCUAGUAAGAAAUUUAUUCAGUUGAACGCUACGCAAAGCACUCUCCUUGACCUUCUAUCGGUCAAGACCACACCUCGCAACCGUGGGGAGGUUUUCCGUGCAUUCAUCACGGAAAUCUCUCAUCAAGAUAAACUUCCAGUAUUUUUCUGUGUCGACAACUUCUCUCGUAUUCUAAGUGAGCCCGAGACCGCCUACAAGAGCACGGAUAAUAAAAACAUUCACGUUUUGGAGUUACAACUGGGAAAAACUGUAAUGGACAUUGUUAGUGGCAACAUUUCGUUCGCCAACAAGUCAAGCUGCGUGAUUAUGGCUACUUCUGGCUCUGAUGACACUAACAAAACCUUGCCAGUUGGAUUACAAAAACUACCGCACGAUCCGUAUGUCAGCAAGAAGCAUUAUGACCAUGAGCUAUCGACCAUGUUGAUAAAGGGAGGCUUACAAGAGUUCCCUGUGGAAAAGCUAACUAAGGCUGAGGUUAGAAACCUAAUCGACUUUUACAUCAAGUCCGAAAUCGUUUUGUCAAAGGACACCGAGGGGCAAAACAUCGAGCAGCUUGUCGACGAGAAAUACUUUUUGAGUGGCAACGGUAACCCCAAGGAACUUUUGAGAAGUCUAGUUUUACAUUUUUCAUGA